UUUAUUUCAAAAUCCGAUAAUAAAUGAUAUAAAUCGGAAUACUUGCAACUGGUUCUUGUUUUAACGUAGUCGAUAUGUCUACUUUAUGGUGGUUAGGCUGCUUGCUUUUCGUCGCUUACUCUAAUAUGAAUGUAGUCAAAUGUCAGUAUCCCGGUUGUUACGGACCGCCAGGAUAUGGCCCAGCGUACCCUGUGGUUGUGGACGAUGACGACGAUGAAUUGAAAUGCUUAUUGCCUAUAUUACUUUUGUUAUUAACCGCUAAUGGAGGAUUCGGUGGUAGGAGUGGGUUCGGUGGUUGUGGAGGAUGUGGUGCUUGUGGGGGAUGUUGCAAUCGAAAUUCUGGAUCGAAUAUAAUACCUAUCCCGUAUCCAAUACCGAUCUCUGUCAAUAAUGCGAUAAUAACAUAAUUAUUUGAAUUAGCUUUUCGUUUUCUAAUUUUUAUUAUUUCGUUUUCUAGUUUUAAAUAUUUAUUACUUGUUGAGUUUUUCUAUCACGUAUAUUUCUAAUUGUAGCUUAAUUAAUAUUUUAUAUUUACAAGAAAACGUGCUAAAGUCCUUCAAACAGCUCAGUUACAUCAUGUUAGUUUCUAAGUAAUCUGUGUUUUGAAACCCAUUUUGUAUAUAAGAAGAGUAAUUACAAAAUUUGAAUACUCACACCAAUAUGGGGCUUCGAAUAUUUUUGUCAACAUUGCUGCUCAUAGCACAGGGUUAUAAUGGAUCAGCUCAAUGUAGAAGUCGAGUGGAGUUCGUGUCACCGCCGGCAACACUUUCAACUACGUCAUAUGUCCAGCCGACAGGAAAAUUUGUAAUUCCAGCUGUUAUAAAGCCACUAAUUGACAACUACUACGAACCUCCCAGUGUACCAAGUUUUUCCGACUAUAACUGCUAUAAUUAUCCGAACUAUCCUAUGUAUCCACCAUCUGUACCACCUUACUGUGUUAGCGGACGUGACGACGAUGAUGACUUCCGGUCUCUUUUAUACUUUCUUAUAUUUGCCUUAAAAAAUAGAUCGGGAAAUUCCGGUUAUAAUGGGGGAUGUGGAUGUGGCUGUGGAGGAAAUUGUGGAUGUGGAGGCAAUAGUGGAGGUCGAGGAGGGUGUGGAUGUGGAGGCGGCUAUGGACGUGGAGGUGGCUGUGGCUGUGGAGGUAGCUGCGGAUAUGGAGGAGGUUGCGGUUGUGGGUGCAGCGGGUUUGGAGGAGAUUGUGGAUGUGGAGGUGGCUGCGGAUGUGGAGGAGGCUGUGGCUGUGGGGGUGGCUUCGGAUAUGGAGGAGGUUGCGGUUGUGGGUGCGGCGGGUUUGGAGGAGAUUGUGGAUGUGGAGGUGGCUGCGGAUGUGGAGGAGGCUGUGGCUGUGGGGGUGGCUUUGGAUAUGGAGGAGGUUGCGGAUGUGGAUGCGGUGGCUUUGGAGGGGAUUGUGGAUGUGGUGGAGGCUAUGGUUAUGGAGGAGGUUGUUUCUGUAACGGGGGAUGCAAUAAUGGAGGAUGUCUUGGUAACGAUGGCGGAUACUGCGGAUGUGGCUGCCAAAAUCGCUUUUUCGAUUUCAACAACGGAAAUGGUGUUACCUACGUUCCAUAUCCAAUAAUUGUCCCUACUAAUGGCUGUAUUUGUUGUGAUACAAAUCCAUAUAGCACACAUGAAGAUAAUAAUGUGCCAUUACAUGCUUACUACGGGAAAGAUACCAACGAAAUUAAUAUAAUAUUUAAGCCCGAAGACUGUUUAUAAAUGCUGUCAUAAAAAUAAUUUAUUUUAUUUGUUUCAAAUACAUAUAUAAAUCUAGA